GAAGAAGAAGACCGAGUAGCUAACUGUUUACCCUUUUCUGGCUGGAAUAAUCGGGGAGUACAGCAUUUAGGCUAAAUAAUUAGGAGUUUACAGGAAGAAUGUAUUCACCUGAGCCUCAGAGACAGGUUACCGAUCAGCAGGAGACUGCUGCUGAAGAAGCAUUUACAAAGUUUAAAGAAAUCAUGGUUAAGGCCGAGGAAGAGAGCGAUGAUCAGAGCAGACAGAUGGACCUAACUCCGACAGCCCAGAUAAUCUCACACCGGAUAGACUUCCCUCCUCUUCAUGUUGUGAAGGAUGAGUUUUUUGUCGAAGAGCUUCUCUUUAACCAAGAGAGUACCUCUUGUUCAAGCCAUGAGGAACCUGAACCGCUGACCAUAAAAGAAGAGUGGAAGAAGGAGCUGGAACACCAGGAGACAAAACAAGAGCAGGAAGAGCUAGCAUAUCGGGAAAAGAAAGAAGAGCAGGAGGAGCUGAAACAUCAGCUGAUAAAAGAAGAACAGCACAGUCACGAUAAAGAGCAAGUUGUGGUGAAGUUGGAGACCAAUAGCUUCACAGUGAUUCCUAAAAGUGAUGAAAAAUACCACAAAGAAUUAAACAGAAAGCUACUUAUGUCUCAGGCCUCUUUUGGGGCUGAGAACCAGGAUCACAAAGGAAACGAUCCUUCGCGAUCAAAUGAUCAUGAAGAAUCAAACGAAGAUAAAGAGCCGAAGAGAAAUAAGAGCUUUUGGAAAUCUAGACAUCAUGAUGACAAUGCUGAUAGCAAAAAACAAAAUGGGAUGAAAAAAACUCAGAAUAAAAACGUGUAUUCUUGUAUCAUUUGUGAGAAAGAUUUUACUGAAAACAGCCUAUUGACUAGACACUUGAAAAUUCACACAGCUAAGAAGCGUUUUUCAUGUGAUAUUUGUGGAAAGAUUUUCAGUCAAAAAAUUCAUUUAACUGCUCACAUCAGGACCCACACAGGUGAAAAGCCUUUCUCAUGCAAGAUUUGUGGACGAGCUUUCAGUCAAAAAAGUUUAUUAACCGAACACAUGAGCAUUCACACUGGAGAGAGGCCUUUUUUCUGCAAGGUUUGUGGAAAAAGUUUUCGUCUGAAACGGCUUUUAUCUCAUCACACGAUAACCCAUACAGGUGAGAAGCCUUUCACUUGUGAAAUUUGUUUAAAAGGUUUUAGUCAAAAAAGCCGUUUUACCCUUCAUAUGAGAAGUCACACAGAUGAAAAGCCUUUCUCAUGCAAUAUUUGUGAAGAAAGUUUCUGUGAAAAAAACAUUUUAACUGAUCACAUGAAGACGCACACCGGUGAGAUGCGUUUUACUUGUAAGCUUUGUGGUAAUAGCUUUGGUCGAAAAAGUUGUUUAGCUUAUCACAUGACAAUUCACACAGGUGAGAAGCCAUUCUCGUGCACGAUUUGUGGAAAAAGUUAUUGUAAAAAAGGUUUGCUUAAUGUUCACAUGAGAAUUCACACAGGCGACAGGCCUUUUUCGUGCACGAUUUGUGGAAAGACUUUCAUUCAAAAAUGCAAUUUAAAUGCUCACAUGAAAACUCACACGGGUCAGAAGCCUUUCUUGUGCACACUGUGUGGAAAAGGUUUCAGUAAGAAAAGUGAGUUACCGAUUCACAUGAGAAUUCACACAGGUGAGAGGCCUUUUUCUUGCACAAUUUGUGGAAAAACUUACGUUCAAAGUGGUACUUUAACUAUUCACAUGAGAACUCACACGGGUGAAAGGCCUUACUUGUGCACAUUGUGUGGAAAAAGCUUCCAGUACAAGAUUAGUUUAACUGGACAUUUAAAAACUCACAAAGGUGACAGGCCUUACUCUUGCAAGUCUUGUGAAAAACGUUUCCGUGAAAAAUGUCAUUUGACUGUUCACAUGAGAACUCACACAGGUGAGAAGCCUUUCUCGUGCAAGUUUUGUGAGAAACGUUUCUGUAAAAAAGAUCAAUUAACUGUUCACGUGAGAAUUCACACAGGUGAGAAGCCUUUCUCGUGCAAGAUUUGUGAAAAAUGUUUCAGUAAAAAGUGUAAUUUAACCCUUCACAUGAGAAUUCACACAAGUGAGACGCUUGCCUCGUGAUAGUUAAAAAAAAUGGACUGUUGGUUUAAUGGCUCUCUAAAAAUUGUCCUUAUUUGUGAGUGUGUGUGUGUGUGUUUCUCUGUGUUGCCCUGUAACAGAUGGAUGAACUGUCGACAGUGUACCCCGCCUCAAACCCAAUCACUGCUGAAUAUAGGCACCAGCUCUCUGCAACUCGUGCACAGAUUAGCGGAUAUAGACAUUGGUGGGGGGAAUGA